AUGUCGAACAACAAAGUCAUCGUCAUCUUGGGGAGCGGACCCGGCAUCGGGGCUUCGACUGGGGCGCUGUUUGCAUCCAUGGGGUUCGACGUCGCAUUGCUCUCUCGGAAUGUUGAGCGUCUGGCUCAAGAUGCUGCCAGAGUGCAAGCAGCAAAUCCCCGUGUCAAAGUCAAGGCGUUCCCCGUCGACGUUGGAGACCACAACGCCCUGGCACUGGUGCUUGGCAAAGUCGUUACAGAGCUCGGGGCUCCGGAAGUGGUAUAUUUCAACGCAGCAAGAGUAUCGCCCUCGAGGAUCGGGGCCAGCAGUCCAGAUUUCGUGUUGGAGGACUUCAAGAGCAUGAAUCUUGGUCUUUUCGUUGCAGCGUCGUGGGCGUUGCCACAUCUGACCGCGGCGGCCGAGCGGCCAGGGACCCAUCCGUCGUUCCUGUUCACCAACAGCGGCCUGUGGGAUCGUCCGCUGGCAGACUUUGCGUCGCUCUCCAUGCAGAAGGCCGCGCAGUAUAACCUGAUGCUGAGCCUGAAGCAGAUGAUGGAAGCCAAGGGGGUCCAUGUCGCGGGCGUCAACAUCGGCGGGCUGGUUCGAGAGGACGACCCUGUCAUCAACGCCAACAACAUCGCGCGGGCGCUGUUCGAUCUGUCCCAGCAGGAUCGACCCAAUUGGCAGUGGGAGGUCAAGGUGGGAGACUGGGAUGAGUUCCUGAAGCAGAUGGCGGCGGCUCAGAAGGCGGCAUGA